UUCUCUGUCUCUCACUUCCCCGCUCUUCCCUUUGUACUUUGAACGAUAUAUACUGCUAGGGUUUUAGGCAAUCAGAGAGGUAGUUAGUGAGUGCCCUGUGUUUACGAUAAAGAGAGAGAGAGAGAGCAAAAGAGGAAGAGGGCGAAGAUGGUGGCCGACAAGACCAAGAAGUUGAAAGUUGCCGAGAAGGGCGAGAACUUAGAGGAAAUUGACGGAGAGCUUGUCCUCUCUAUUGAGAAGCUGCAGGAGACCCAAGACGAGCUCGAAAAGAUCAAUGAGGAGGCAAGUGAUAAAGUUCUCGAAAUAGAGCAGAAGUACAAUGAGAUAAGGAAGCCUAUCUAUGAGAAGCGGAAUGAGAUUAUCAGAACUAUUCCUGACUUCUGGACAACAGCUUUUAUGAGUCAUCCUGCCCUUGGUGAGAUUCUGAAUGAAGAAGAUCAAAAGAUAUUUAAGUAUUUGAGUUCUUUGGAGGUUGAGGAUUUUAAGGACGUCAAAUCGGGCUAUUCAAUUACCUUUAAUUUCAAUCCAAAUCCAUAUUUUGAGGAUACAAAACUUACAAAGACUUAUACCUUCCUUGAAGAAGGAACUACAAAGAUCACUGCCACGCCUAUAAAAUGGAAAGAGGGCAAGGGUAUACCUAAUGGAGUCCAUGAGAAGAAAGGGAACAAGCGACCUCCAGCUGAUGACAGUUUCUUUAGCUGGUUCAGUGAUGUUGAGCAGAAAGAUGAUAUGGAUGACCUGCAUGAUGAGAUUGCAGAAUUAAUUAAGGACGACUUGUGGCCAAAUCCGCUUACUUAUUUUAAUAAUGAGGAGCCUGAUGAAGAGGAUGAGGAAGAUGGUGAUGAUGAGGUAAGUCAUGUGUUAUUUUGUCACAAUUGCUUACAUGAUCAAAAAAUAUUCUUUAGUGUUGAUUUUAUGGUUUUUAAUUUAUUGGAUCAAUGUAAUCACAUUGGGUUCAUUGUUUGUUAUGGUUUAUAAUUUUUUCAGUCUGAAAAUAUGUAGAAGUCGGUACUAAAGAGAUAUGGAGCUUAAGGUUCUGAGGAUAUAAGAUAAUGCAGAAAUUCAGAAUCAUAUUUAUGGACUCAAGCUAUUGUGUUUGAACUCAAAUAGAUGUUUGAUAAAUUAAGAAAAUUAAGGUUGUUGAUAAUCUGCAGAAAUCAUUGUUAUUCUUGACUAUAUAUGAUCUUGGUUCAACCAGUGAACGGCAAUUUUUUAUUUGUCUUCCCCCAGUAGCACAAGGCUUCUCACAAAUUAGCAU